CGUCACCUGGUGUCAGUGCGCAGGCGUAGGCCGAGCGAGACCCGGAAACGAGGCUCUGAACGUGGCGGCGGUGGAAGCUGCGGAAAGAGACGAGAUUUUUGCUCGGCUGAACUUCAAGUUUUCUUCGCUUUUUAAGGAUUUCUUCUGCACCUACUUGCUAGCUCGAUUCGAGAAGAGCACACAGAGGCCUUUAGGAUGUCAACGGGAGGUGACUUCGGUAAUCCGCUGCGGAAAUUCAAGCUGGUUUUCCUGGGAGAACAGAGCGUUGGGAAAACGUCACUCAUCACUCGCUUCAUGUAUGACAGUUUUGACAACACAUACCAGGCAACCAUCGGAAUAGAUUUUCUUUCAAAGACGAUGUAUUUGGAAGAUCGAACGGUCAGGCUUCAACUGUGGGACACAGCCGGGCAGGAGAGAUUUAGGAGCCUCAUCCCUUCCUACAUCCGUGAUUCUACAGUAGCAGUCGUUGUCUAUGAUAUCACAAAUGCCAACUCCUUCCAUCAGACAUCAAAAUGGAUCGACGACGUUCGAACCGAGCGAGGGAGCGAUGUCAUCAUCAUGCUGGUUGGGAACAAGACAGACCUGUCAGACAAAAGUGAUCGAAGUGAAGCUAAAGGACACACCACAGGAGCCCCAGUCGCAGGAAGGAGGAUGCGCUUGCUGAGCAACAGCUUCUCCUAUUGGUCAAUUCAAUCCAACAAUCAAUCCUAAAUGGUCAAUUUAGACAAAUGAUGUCCAAUCACAAUUCAGAAUGCAAAUAUGUCUGCUCUUGUGGGCUCAGUGUAUUUUGAAGUGCUGAGAUUCAAUAUGAAAUUAAAAAUUCCAUGUUUUGGUAGAGAGUUUUAUAUAUAAACAGCAAAGUCAUAAUUUCAUAGCAUUUUAGUCAUAGAUAUUGAUAUAAUGGGUUAUUUCCUUGUGCUUAGUUCCAAGGCCCCUCACUGUCCCUUCAGCUUUGCUUGAUUAGGCAUAAUCACGCAAUAGAGUAUUUUCCAAGUUGGGUUAUUUAAUCAUGUACUUAAGGUUAUUUUUAUUCUGAUAUGCAGUCCUUUGUUAUUCCUCUCUUGAAACUUUUGUAAAGGUUGUAAUAUGAAGCACUCCAAAUGGUGUUGAAGUCUUGUGUACUACAAGGCUGUUUCAAUGAGUGGUUCCGGUAAACAGUUAGAGUGGGAAGUUUGUUUAUGUGGAUACUUCAGUACACAGUACUAUGCAAAGCCAUUUAUGUUAACUAAGAUGAUAUUUCAAACAUGGUACUUCCGAUUACUUGCAUUUUUUGUAUUUCGUUUCACCCAGUAGCAGAUUAGACCAAAGGUUUUUUGAAUAGAAGAGAGAAUUCAUAAAAGUGGGUAGCGUUUUUGAGGAAACUUUAUGUUAAUAGAAGGUUUAGGGGGUCUUUGUCACAGUUCUUGCAGUGAUGGAAAAUUUUGCUCAGCCAUUUUGUUGUUGAUGUUGUUGUUGUUGUUGUUGUUAAAAAUGGAAUGCCCCUCCAAUGCAGCUGCCUGCUCUACCUGAGUUGAAAGUGGAACGAUCCAAAUCACAUCAGCUAGUGUAGAAGACCGAA